UGCCCCCUAAAACCCCUCAACCCUAAAAUUCACAAUCUUCCCUCCAAUUUUCCCUCUCUCUUCUCACACAACACAAUUUACCCUCCAAAAUCACUUUUUUCUCUUCUCAAUGGGAAAGUACAUGAAGAAAUCCAAAACCGCCGGCGACGUCGCCGCCGUAAUCAUGGACUCUCCGUCCCAUGCUCCCGCCGUCGGAGUCCGGACACGAGCUAAAACCCUAGCUCUCCAGAAGUCCCCGACGGCGGCUUCUUCCCCGCAACAUACGGACUCCUCUGCUUUCCUUCAGCUCCGUAGUCGGCGCCUCCGGAAGGUCACUCCGCCGCCGCAACCGAGAAGGGAGAGUGAUUCCGUAGGAAACUUGAGGCUUCGAGAGUGUUCUAUCAAAACGUUGAAGUCUUCGCAUAGUGUUGAAAAUUUGGGAAAUGGAAAUUUCUGUGCUGAAGAGGGGAAUUUUGAUUUUCCCAUGGAAGGUUCUUUUGGUGAAAAUUUCUUGGAGAUUGAAGGCAUAGAUAGAAGCACCAGGGAAAGCACACCUUGUAGUUUAAUAAGGGAUUCAAGUUCCAUUCAUACCCCUGGUUCAACCACAAGACAAAGAACACACAGAAUAAUCCAUGAACACAUGCAGAGAAAUAUUCCAACAGCUUAUGAAAUGGACGAGUUUUUUGCUUUCGCAGAGAAGCAGCAACAAGCAAUAUUUAUGGAAAAGUACAAUUUUGAUGUAGUGAAUGAUGUACCUCUACCAGGACGAUUCGAAUGGGUCCAUGUACUUCAGUAGGACAAAGUUUUAGCCAGGCAUUUGGAUUUCAAGCAGAGCUAUUAGACUUGUAAUUUAGCAGAGCUAGCAGCUUUCACUAACCAUUUAGAUCGCUUGAGAUCUUGCUCUACACAGAUGCGCACCAGCACGAUCACUCGUACCCGUGAGUAUUCGGGCAUAUGCACGGGUGUUUUACUAGUUUAGUUCCGAAGACAUUUCUAAUAUAAGGGUAGUUUAGAAUUUAGAGUUAGUUAAAUGUAUUUCUUAUAUGUUAGGGUAGGGGGGUAUAUGGGUCUCUUUCCUUUUCUUUUCUUUAGUGUUGUUAACUCGUGUCUAUAAUUUCUUAUGGAUAAAUCGUUAAUCAGUAGUGUUAAUGUUGUUAAUAGUUAUCCUUUC